GACCAGGUUUGGGUUUUGGUACAUUACGAAUGCUGUCGGCAGCAUGGGGCCGAUCGCUUGUCGCUUUCCCUUUGUGUUUCUGCAUCUGCAGAACAAAGAGUUGCUACCAAACAUACCUAAAAUCCAAAACUCUGGCGCCCUCGAAGUUCAGAACCAUGCAAGUAAACGUGCGCCCGCGAAGCGCUUCUAGAGCGCAUACAUGUAGCGGGAAGAGUUGGAGCCAGCAUAUAUUGCAGCGCUGUUGUGGUGUGCCGUCAAGUCGGGGGCGUGCUGGUGACAGGGCGUCAACUGUGGCAGCUGCGGCCAAGGAAAUUUGGCUGCAAACAAACAGCAAGGCGGCCUUCCAGGUGGGCCUGGAGUCGGGCGCCGUGGCCGCCCACGUGUUCGGCCCCGAGCCCGCGCAGCUGCGGCUGGCGGCGGCCUGGUCCGGCCUGGCGCGCUUCCGGGCGUUGCGGCUGGACGAGCAGGGGACGCUGAGCGAGGGGCCGGCGGCAGGGGAGGGGGCCGGAGGGCAGGCUGUGGGCGAGGUGGUGCGUGUGGACGGCGCGGAGUCGGCCCGGGCGCUGGAGGCGCGGGUGCAGUGCCUGGCGGGCCACCGGCACAGCAGUAGCAGCAGCAGCGUCGGUAGCAGCAACAGUAGCGGUAGCAGUGGCGGUAGCCGGUCGCAGGCGGCGGCUGGCGGUGGGGAGUGGGCCCUGGUGCUGGAUGCAAGCGACUGGAAGGUCAUCCCUGCCGAGAACCUGGUCGCCCUAGCUCAGGGCGCUGGCGGCGGCGGCGGCGGCGGCCCAGUGCUGCGGCUGCUGGCGGCGGCGGGCAGCGCGGCAGAGGCAAGGCUGAUGCUGGAGGCGCUGCAGGGCGGCACGGCGGGGGUGCUGCUGCGGAGCGACGACCCGGCGCAGGUACGGGAGCUUGUGUCGUACGUACGGCGGCGGGCGGCGGAGGAGUCGGGCGGCGCGGCGGCGCGACACGCCUACCAGUCGGCACGGGUGGUGGCCGUGAGGCCACUGGGUAUGGGCGACCGGGCGUGUGUGGACCUGGCUGGGCUGCUGCAGCCCGGCGAGGGGUUGCUGGUGGGCAGCUUCGCUCGCUGCCUGGCGCUGGUGCACAGCGAGUGCGACGAGACCUCCUACAUCGCCAGCAGGCCCUUCAGGGUCAACGCUGGGCCGGUGCACGCCUACGUGUCGGCGCCAGGCGGCCGCACCCGCUACCUCAGCGAGCUGGCCAGCGGGGCGGAGGUGUCGGUGGCCGACCCCGACGGCCGCACCCGCACAGCGCUGGUGGGGCGGGUCAAGAUAGAGCGGCGGCCGCUGGUGCUGGUGGAGGUUGAGACGCGUGACGGCGGCCGCCACAGCCUCAUGCUGCAGAACGCCGAGACAGUCAAGCUGGUGGGGCCACAACAGCCACAGCCACAGAGACACACGGGCGACGGCAGUAGCAGUGGCAGUAGUAGCAGUAGCAUUGGCAGCGGCAGUGGGAGCGGCAACAGCAGCGGCAGUAGCGAGAGCAUGACGGUGGCAGGUGACGGUAGCGGCUGCAGCAGCAGCGGCAGUGGCAGUAGCAGCAGCACCGGCAGUGGCAGUAGCAGUAGCAGCGGCAGCAGGUCUUGGCGGGCUAUCAGCGUGUCGGCGCUACAGCCGGGCGACUGUGUGUACGUGCUGCUGCAGGCGGCGGCGCGGCACACCGGCAUUGCCAUUGAGGAGUUUGUGGUGGAGAAGUAGGUGUAGAUAGCUAGCUGGCAGGGGCCGAGCGCCGGGAGCGGCGGCAGUGUGGAUAGGACUGCGAGGCUAGGUGGUGAGGACUGUACGGUAGGUUGUACGACGCGGGCUCACAUGAGGCCAAUGAUCCUUUAUAAAACGAAUGCGCACAUAGCCACAUAGUCUGGUGAGGAAGUCAGAUACAAGCACGGUCGUGACGCAACCAAUCAAGGAUCGUGUGUGCGUAUCCAAACUUCUUCGAUAACUGAUCGUGUGUGAGACUUGUGAGUAUCCAAACUCUCGUAUACGCCCAUGCGUUUCGGAUUCGGGGAAGAUAAAUCUCCAUGUAUCAUCACCAUGGGCGUCUGGGUGUGUGGGGAGCGGUUGGCGGGUGCAACUGAAAGUGUGGUGGCCUGUGAUAUUGUCAGCAGUCUCAGCACGGCCAGGUCCCAAGUUGGGCCGUGAAGUGCGUCAGCAACCAGCUCGUGUAAGGCUGUCAGCAAUGCGAUCUAAACUGAUCCCGGGAGCCUGGGAGAACCUCAAUCCGACCAGCACGCUCUGCACCAAUCCCUGCCUGCCUGCAUGCCUGCAUCCCACCUUGUAUCCCACGCACACGUCCUCUGCCUCCCGUGCAGCCCUACCACCCCACACCCUGAUUACAGACACGUCACACACGGCGCCACGCACAGUGUCAACCCUUUCCGUUUGUGCUUUCCUAACACACGGUCACCAUGCCUUCCUAGCCUGAUGGCAUGUGCAGUCUUCGCACUAUGUACAGUGAUUGGUGGGUAAUCGGGGUGCGUAAGCAAGUGAGCACAAAAGCGAAUGAAUGCCCCUUGAGCUCCUGCUCGCUGCGCGAGCCCUGCCGAGCCACACACAGGCCGACAUCCCGCUGCAUAACCCGCUGCCCAGUCCAGCCACAGCUGACUUUAAGGAGGAGCCUGGAAUUUGCCGGCCGCCGGCGCAUGCGACAUGCGAUGUCACGCCCGAAGAUACUCAGAGCGCACUCAGUAUACGCUGCGUACAUUGGAAAUAACCACACCGUGCGUUAAAAUGCUAACACACAAGUAAAGCCAAGUCAGAAUGCUGACGAGGCUGCUGCACAUGCCGCAUGUGUUCUGCGAGGAGACGCCAAGUCUCUGUCGUGUCGGAGGUACUUCCAUUGAGCACCAGUGUAGGUCGCUGCAGGAAUUGGGACAGCGGGUUUCGGAGGGUGUUCGGAUUGGGAUGUCGGAGGAUGGACCGCGGACGCGAGGCGGACGGGGGGCUGACCCGGGUAGGGACGGGUGCGAAGUACCUCGGGGCUGCGUGGCCAAGGUACGCCCGGACGGGCGCGGCUGGACCGCUAGCUGCGGCCGACGUGAAGUUGUUCUUUGGGGCAAGACGUUUGCAUCUUGAGCCACUAUCUGCUUUCGGCGGCGACCGCGCGUCCGAGCCGGUGGACAAAAGGACGCCGACCGGGCGUACCGUCGGGCGUCGGCCCAGCCCAUAGACAGAGUCUGCGCCCGAGUCACAUUCGGGGACAUGACCGAUACCGGCGAUUGUAGUUAAUUAGGUAUUCGGAGUUCAAUGUCGCUCUGCAGCUCCUGUCGCGUCCGCUUCCGGAAAGUGCCGGCAACCGUCAGGUUCACGGUUGCGUGGCCAAACGGGACCAAUACGGUAAUCGCCUCGUCGCCGGGACGUAUGACUACUCCGACAUGCGGUAGCCCGUUAUGCCAUAUUGUACAUCUUAACAAGGACUCGCGCGCGAGGACCAUGUGUCGGCCCUUCGAGUGACGUGGCCCCGAACAUGGCAAUUGCUUCGGUUGGCACAUCGUAGCCCCUGUAGGCUCCCUGGCCAGUCUCGUGAAGGGACGGACCCCUGGUAUCCUGUGAUGGAUCAAACCAAGGGGACAGAGUGCGGCAAGGCAGUGUAACUGAACGUGUAC